GUAUAAAUUCUAUUUAAUAUUAUUAUUUAAUAAUUUAAUAUUUUUUUCGAAUUUUAUGCUUUGAUUAUCAUGAUAUUCACAUUCAAAACUAGAAGUGCCUAUUGACAAUACUAGUUUGUGCAAGCCAAAUUGUAUGUUUGAAAUUUGAACCCAGACACAAGUUGAAUUUGGCUUUCGAGAAUGGUUUGAAUAUGUGAAUUGGCUUAAAAAGGUCUACUUCAAUUGAUCAGAUCUUUUGGUUUCCUAAAAAAUCGUUAUCAGUGAAACAUAUCAUUAUUAAAUUUCGGAUUUUUAGUAUCUAAAACACACUGGAAAUUUCAGAAUUAAUACAUUUUUGCUCGAACAAUUCCGAAGAUUUAUUAGCUAUGAAAAACUGGAGCAAAAUUAUAAUGAAUUUUACUAUUUUGACACGUGUAUCAUGUUAUAUUUUGUAGAAAGAAUAAGAUUAACCUAUUCUAUGGUGCAUCUAUGUGCUACAUAACCUAUAUCUCAUGUCUUGCUAAUUCCAUUUGAUUUAUCUUAUAUUAUUAUUCCAUUGAUUUGUUCUCUAUAUUUGGUGAUAUUUGUCCAUUCCUGGGAAUAUUAGUGUUCCAGUUGAAGUGAUCAAGCAGCUUUUCGUUAUUUUACGCCAUCAAAAAAAGGUGCGGAUUUUUUACAUUGCUCGAUCUCAAACAUGGGAAAAUUCAAAGGAAAGAAUUCACUUGAAGAUGGUCGGAAUAAGAAAUCUAUAUCUAGUGAUCCCAAAGCUGCAGUUAACAAAGAUGCUUUUUUUAUACAACCUAAAUCAACUAAAGAAAAACCCUUUGAAAAAAGACAAUUCAGGAAAAAUGAUGAUCAUAUGGAGGAGAUGAAAGAAGAAAAAACGAAAAAACCGUUUGAUAAAAAACAAUGGAGAGUGAAGAAAUAUAGCCAUAAAUACAAGGUUGAAAAAUGGCAGGAGAUGAGAAAGAAAAAAAUAAUUAAUCAGUACAACAAAUUCACCAAAAAAGAAGAUGAAAAAGGCAUGGAUGUUAUGAAAAUUUAUGAAAAAUAUGAUGAUGAUAAUUCUGACUCGGAAGAUAAAAAUGUUGUUGACAAUGAUAAUAAAACAGAAACAUCCAAUAAAACUGUUGAUAUUCAAAAUGAAGGAAUUGGUACUCAAAUCAAAUCUCCAAUGAAACAUGACAAAAGUAGGUAUAACAAAAUUCUAGAAGAUAAAAAUGAAAAAAUUAAGAAGAGAGAGGAAAUUUUAAAGAAGAAAGCCGAAAAAGAAGAAGCUUUAAAACUGGCUAGAAAAAAAAAAGCUGAGAAAUAUAAAAGGCUGAGUAAAAGAACAAAGAAAGGUCAACCAAUAAUGAAAGAUCGUAUGGAGAUGUUGUAUGAACAAGUCCAAAAAAUCUGUCAAGUAUAACAUUGAUGAAUUAUUCUCGUUCCUUCCCAAAUUUCAUGUAUGACAGCCAAUCUCAAUUAAGGGAACUGAAUAAAACACUUUGAAUCCUAGAGCAAUGUUUAAGUGCUAUAUUUUGCCUUCCUCAGGCUACAAUGAAAAGAACAAAUCAACAAUAUGAGAGUGACUAAUUGUUAUUAUGUAAUUAUAUUUGGAGUACCACAUGAAAGCACAUCUGGAAUAUAUUGAUUUAAGUUGAUAUAAGAUAAUAAUGAAUGUUUCGGGUGUAAGGUAAACGAUUAUAUAAGAAAUUUGUUUUUAAACAUGUUAUUAAUAUAUAGGAUAUUGUAUAUUCACAUCUCUAUCAAUCAAAAAGUAUUAAUUAAUAAAAUUGUUUAUAGUCCAUUUUACUGAAUUGUAACUAAUGGAUGUAGUUUAUAUAUAAAUAAUAAAUUCUGGUGCUGAAUUAUUA